AUGCUACAAGAAGUAGCACUGGAGACCGUUGUUAUGUCCCAAGAAAAGAUGUUGGCUCUUAUAAGCUGUAUAGAAAGAGCAAAAUGCCUGUGGGACCGGAGUGACAGUGAUUACAAAAAUGUGAACAGGCAACAGGAUGCAUGGGAGUCCAUUGCAUCGGAAAUGGAAGUUCCCUACUCCCUGUUGCAGCAGAAGUGGAGUUCCCUUAAAGGGUCCUACAGGCAUUAUAAAAAAAUCUACGAAGGCAGCUUAGUGACCGGUUCUAGCUCCGCCGAAGUAUGCAGACCGAAGUGGUUUGCAUAUCAGUCAAUGCAGUUCCUGAAUGGAGUCACCGAGGGAGGUUCCAGAGUUGAUACUGUAUCUAAAAAUGAAAAGGACAACACUCAAGCUACAACAAGUUCGUGCAGUAUUCCUAUUCCAGAACCAGUAGCCACCAUGGAGGAGCCUGAUGAAUUUAUCAGCUUGACUGCGCCAGUUUCCAGUGAUAACAACAACCAAAAUCAACCACAAACAUCACAGACAUCGGUCAGACAACGAACUGCGUCCGCUGCUUCCAAGCGUCGUUGGCAUCAAGCCAACUUGCAAUAUAACGAAGAAGUUCUGGCGACGCUUGGAAGCAUCACACAGGCAUCUCAAGAACUGAGAUCUGUCGCCAUUGAAAAUCGUUUGGCUCCAUUAUACCACGGUAUGCGGGAUUGGUCGCCGGUACGACAGCAAGCCAUGCUUGUUAAAAUACAGUUUAUGAUUGCUGAGGAGAACGUUGCUCGGUUCGUGGAGCGCCAUAAUUUCGAUCCGCGCAAUUAG